UCGUUGCCAUUCGACCUCUGCGGGGCCUGCGCGGACGCAGCGAGAACCCUGAAAUUCAUUAUGCGUUUAAAACCUUUAUUUAUUUCCGCAUAACCUACAUACUCUCACCGGGAGGGCCGAGCGGAGCGCAGAAACGACGACGGUCCAUCUCUUUCGGGAAACACGCCGUUUAUAAAUAUAGGCUUUUAAUCGGACGGAGGGAUACUGUUAAGAAAGUGAAGAUUCUAACGUAUAUUAAGAAAAAAUGUCCGGUGAGAGAAACCGCAGGUCGCUGGCUUUCCGAGGAGGUGGAUUAGCUGGGUUAACGGGUUCCAGCGGUAUCGGUGGGGGAAACUGUAACAGCUGGGAGGCCCCGGCCUGUCAAGAUCGACAUUUUAACGGGAACAGGCCGGAUCAAGAGGAGGACAGGGAUCUGGGGGCGAAAGGACCGUCGCAGAAGAGAGUGGAGGGCGCUGGAUCUGUCAGCGAUAGCACGGAACCCGAGGCGGAGGAAGAAGAAGACCCGGAAGGGGGCAGCUGGGCUGCUGGGGACGGCGACGAUCGCGUCGACUCGGUGGAAGGGGAGGACGGGUCCAGGGAGGGGAGAAACUGGGCAGCGGGGGACGGGCACAACAACGCCGACGGCCAGGAGACUGCAAGGGGAGGCGAGACGGGAUCCAGGAAAUCUGGAGUAGAGAUGAGACCGCAGACGCUGCUUCAGAAACACUCGCUAUUCCACGCUUCGUGGUUGCAAGAAUUUCCAUGGCUCAAAUUUUGCCAGGAGACGGGACUCAUGUCAUGCUCCUGGUGUCACAACAUUGCCACUAAAAACAGCGACGAGCUCGUCAAAGGCAGUCGCAACUACAAGCGGGCCUUGCUGCUGAGACAUCACCUGUCUUCUGAGCACGGGAGAAACGAUCCCACCAAACAGGAGACUGUGAGGCCCUCAGACAGCACCAGCCCCUCCACUAACUGCACAGAGGAAGACUACCGCAACAAGCCCAAUGAGAACUCCUACUGUUACCAGCUGCUACAGGAGCUGGACAAGCAACGCAAAAGUGGCAUCCUCUGUGACGUCAACAUAGUCGUCUCAGGCCAGGUGUUCCGUGCGCACAAGAACAUCCUGGUUGCAGGCAGCCGCUACUUCAAAACCCUCUACUGUCUGACCAAGAGCGAGGCCCAGGACCAGACCACGGUGACGCACUUGGAUGUUGCUGCUGUGCAGGGCUUCUCUGUCAUCCUCGACUUUCUCUACUCUGGGAAUCUGCUGCUCACAAGCCAAAAUGCCAUUGAGGUGAUGUCAGUUGCUAGUUACCUCCAGAUGACAGAGGUUGUACAUUCGUGUAGGGCUUUCAUAAAGGAUGCUCUGAAUAUCAGCAUCAAGCAAGAAGCUCCUGAUUCUGUGGUGGUGGACUACAACAAGAGGCAGAUGGUGGCCAAAGAGGGACAGAGAGGGCUAGACCGUAAGCCAAGUAACUUCUGGGCCACAAGCAUCCUGUCAAAGCUAUCAAUCAAGGCCAGCAGUAACCAAGGGAAGGAGGCGAUGGAAGAAGAUGAUGAAAAUGGCCGAGUGAAAGAGGAGACUAGUGAGAUAGAGGUGACAGUGGUUGGGGGUGAGGGCUGUGCCCUGGCCUGUGGUAGCUGGAGCCACCAAAACGACAACUCGUCUGAUUCAGCAGAGACCAAUGAAACACGGGCGGCGAGCAGCCAGGCGCAGGUCUUCGUCUGGAAUGAGCCAGCCAUGGGUGGCACGGCCGCAUCACCUGCGGCAAUAAAGCGAGAGGCACCGGAUGCUGCAGCUGGAAGUGGGCGGAGGAAAAAACAGGCUACAACACGGCGUUUUGUCUACAACUUCCCACCAGAGCCUGAAGAGGGAUUCGAUGAGGGGAUGUUCAUCCAGCCUUCAGCCUCCUACCCCAGAGAGGAUUUCUCCUCGCUCUCUGAAAAUGCUGAGCUGGCCAAUCAGAUCCAGUAUAGCCUCAUCCAAGACUUACAGCAAGGGGAGUCCUGGGAGAAUGGCGAGUCCUCACACCUAGCCCUCAAUAAGCUCAAGUGCCCCCACUGUAACUACAUCGCCAAGCACCGUCGCACACUCAAGAGACACCUGAUCAUCCACUCAGGUGUGCGCUCUUUCAGCUGUGACAUCUGCGGCAAGUUGUUCACCCGCCGUGAGCAUGUAAAGAGACAUUCCCUGGUUCACAAGAAGGACAAAAAAUACAAAUGCAUGGUGUGUAAGAAGAUCUUCAUGCUUGCAGCAAGCGUUGGUAUCCGUCACGGCUCGCGACGCUACGGCGUGUGUGCGGACUGCGCCGACUCGCACCAGGCCACUCAGGAGGGCCUGGAGGGCAUCGAGUUUCCUCGGGACGAAGACUUUGACGGGGAGGAAGGGGAAGAAGUGGAGGGUGAGGAACCUGCUGAGAACGACCAAUCAAACUGGGGCGAGGGCAAUGCUGGUGCUGCCCCAGAAGAGGACUAAGAAUUUUAACAAGCUUGAGAAACAAAAAUGAAUAACAGUUGAUGUUUAAUAUAUAUGUAUACAGAAAUCUAGCUGGUAAACAAUCAACUCCAAAGUGCUAUCAAACCUUGAGGUUACUUAAUUGUGCAAGUAUAUGACAAAGAGUUGGAUUUUUUUUUUUUUUUUUAAAAAGCUUUGUUAGAGUGGGAACUCCCAAGAUGUACAGAUUUUUAUUAUUGUUCAAAUGUGUCCAACUCUGGGCCCAGCGCCCACAAGAGAACGAUUUAAUGAUGAAUAACGUGAUGAAUCAGGUCUUUAGUGAUGUAUUUUAUUUCCUGUUUUUUCUUUUGUUUGUUUGUUUGUUUGUUUGUUUUGUUUUUGUUUGUUGGGGAGGGGUGGAGAGUUGGGCAGGGUGAUGUAGUUUUUGAGUUGAGGUAGGCCAAUCAUCUAAACAAAGAAAUGUUAAUUAUUUAAUUUAUGAAGAGAGGUUUUUAUGGUCUUAUCAGAUGCUAUAAUUUUUCUUUCUGUUUUUGUUUUUUUGCGAGCAGAGAUGUAGUAGGCUGUCGCUCUCUGCUCCGUCUGAAAGUGUGUUGCUUGGUGCUUGUAGACAUACACGGAACAAGAGCAUUACUGUCCACGGGAAGAUUUUAACCUGCUCUGUAGAUUGUUCUUCUUUUGUUAGAUGCGCUAAAUAUUAUAAUAUUCUUUUCUUUUCUUUUUUCCUUCUCUGCACAAAAUCUUGGAACCAAAAAAUCUGUUUUGCAACUCUAAUGUAUCACAGCCAUAUUUAUGAUUAAUUUAAGAGGGCUGUGAUAUUGUGCCAAACAGACCGCACACCAAGAUUUAGCAGGAAACUAAAACUACUGAAUUUAAACACACAAAAAAAAAAAGAGACAAUGU